GCAGACGCUACUGGAACUACGUAACGCCACAUACACGACAAGCGAGGCAGACCUCAGGCUCUUAAACCAAACGAGACCCCUGCCAGGAUGUGCUGCUGCAUCACCGACUGGCGGCUGACUACGCUCGUCAUUGCAGUCCUCAGUUUGCAUAUACUACAACACGUCGGUCAACGAUUUCUGGAGCCUCAUUAAUGGAAAGCGCCAUGGUAGAGCAUCUGUCGUUUCCAUAACAACAUGCUGCCGUUCAUGCUGGGGAAUGUCAGUGUCCUCGCAUUCAUAGUGGUGCGGAACAUGAGGAUGACGAAUGCGGUUUUGCUGAACUUCUUCAAAAAUAAUGGAUCAGCCCCAGUGGUGAUGCUGGCUUUGAUGUUGUUGGUGUCCAAUGCGGCCAUUCUCCUGGACAUUGUACUCUUCAUUGGCGCUUUCAGACGCUGCCGAGAUCUGGUGCAGUGCUGGUUGCACGGCCACGUCGUGGUGACCGGGGCCUACCUGGUCUACUUCUGGCUGGUGCUGACAGAGCUGUUCCUCACUGGCUCCGUUCACACGGGCUUCUUGGUUCUGGCCGCAAACAUUCUCGGCAUAGCUGUGACCGUGUGUUUCUGGAUAAUGGUGCGUAGCUACCACCGCGACUUGCAGCAGAUCUUCUAGACUACAGAGUCUGGGAGUUGCCGUCCAUUGAUUAGCAACAGUUGCGUCGCAGCAUCAUCGCAGCCAAGUGGUCCGUGUGACACUGAGAAGCUCUUACCAGGGACGCUUCAUUCACCCCAACCAUGUACCAGCAAUCUCUAGACACGACGUUCUUCUGCCACAGCUCCAGAUUUCAGACUCUCUUUUGCUGCCAAUCGUUCACAGUGUCACACCCGACAUAUGCAGUAUGAUCCAUUAAAUUAACUUUUAGGCUAAUAGAUGGCCAGCUGGUAUACGCCACAUGCUCAAGGAGUCGGUAGUUAUGUGGGCACUGAAAGUGAAAUAGAACGUGAACUUACAGAUUAAACUGGGGAGGCCAGUGGUGGAUAUAGCAGUUGGAGUAGCAGCUAUAGUGAAUUCUUCUGCCUAACUCUUGGUAAAACGCUAUCUGUAUAUUGGAGUACUUACAUAUAAAGGUUACAUAUCCAGUUCAUCCGUACGCGCAGUUUCGUGCCUUACGCAGUGAUCUAGGAGUUUCCAUGUGCUUGUUGACACCUUGUGGAGCAUCUCAGGAGCUAUACUUGGGAAGGACUCCUGGACAUUUGUGCGCAAUACUUCACUAAUCUUGUACUGAGGUUGAGUCAAAAAGUAAAUGAUUCUUCCCCCAUAAUGACCUGUCUGGCGUGUUAAAGUCUGGGCUUAAAGGUGGCUAUUUCAGUGGGGCUGGAGAUGUUGCUGUACCACAUCUAGUACAGUGGGCCCGAAGUUGUUUCUCGAUGAACUCACUCAUCUGAAUAGCAAAGUUUGUUGGAGCUCUGUCCUGCUGUAAACACAUGUGAUCCUUGAUCCUCUUGUCUUCGAUCUGAGCAGGGAUACUUAUAAAACAACUAUUUAUUUCUUCCCUUCUGCAGGGGCAAGAGAGUUACGGCGACUUCUCCAAAAGCCGUAGGAAUCAGGCAACACAGCGAGUAUGUGGCGCCAGAAAAGAACUGUGACUGUCUUACAGCUGGGCCCUACCACGCCACUCACAGAGACGUCAACCUCCAACUUAUUUUUAUCGAAGCAUAACCACAGAUAUAACAGGAAACUUUGAACACUCUCUGCGAUCAUCAGGAAACGAGUUCGCUCAAAACACUGCUAACGAAAUUGUCAGUGCACCAAAUCGUGAGAUGGUUGGGAGAUGUUUGGCAAGAUCAGUCUGUGAUACCAUACCGAAAUAUUCCAAUUAUGCUAACGAUCCAUUUCUUCAACUUUUGCGAAUAUCUUCUGCUCUUCAGACAUUCAAAUCUGAAUGCAUGUUCCAGAAAUCGUUGAGCUUAAGUAGUAUGGUAAAUAAACGUAAU